CACUUGGUGGCUGUGGAUCAGCUGAUUUGUGCCUCCAACGUCGGCCCAGCUGAUUUCACAAUGGAAAACUGGCCAUUUUAAAUAAUUUUGUAUUAUAUCUUAUUUUUUAUUUUUUUCUGUAUGUGUAGAAAUAGUUAAAAAGGACGUCUCCGGCUGCAUUCGUGAGCUUGCAAACGUGAGGAUGAGGCGCUGAUGGAAGGGGUUGCGGCAGGGAGGGGGUAUACCUGCUUCCUGAGACAUGGGGAUGUGUUACAGCCUGCGACCGCGGCUCUUCAGCGAUCCCUCCAGCGGCGGCCCCGACACGGAGCUGCGCCCUGGAGCGGGGGCCGAGCAGCCACACCAGGGGGACACGGCAGCCAGGCUACGGAGCGCCGACGGCCCCGGGCUGCAGCUCCGCCGCAGGGAGACGGACUGGCAGCCGCAGCAGAACGGCGCAGAGGGAGAGCGGGCGCCUCCGCCUCUGCAACUGGGCAGCAAAGGGCCGGACAGGGACAAGCACAAGGGCGACAAGCCCCGGCCGCAGGACGCAGAAGCCGACAGAGAGGCCAAGAAGGUCAGCAAAUGCAUCGACAAGAUGUUAAAGCAACAGAAACGCGAGUACAAGCAGACUCAUCGCCUGCUGCUCUUGGGGGCUGGUGAAUCUGGGAAAAGUACAAUUGUCAAGCAAAUGCGGAUCUUGCACGUGAAUGGAUUUAAUGCAGAAGAGAAGAAGAUGAAAGUGCAAGAUAUUAGGAAAAAUAUUAAAGAUGCCAUCGUGACAAUAGUCUCAGCGAUGAGCACUUUAAUACCACCAGUCCAAUUAGCUAACCCUGAGCACCAGUUUCGGUUGGAUUAUAUUAAGAGUAUCGCCCUUCUUUCAGACUUUGAAUACACGCAGGAAUUUUUCGAUCAUGCAAAAGCACUUUGGGAUGACGAAGGUGUGAAGGCGUGCUUUGAAAGGUCAAAUGAGUACCAGCUCAUCGAUUGUGCACAAUACUUCUUAGACCGAAUUGACCAAGUACAGCAGAAUGACUAUUCCCCAUCAGAUCAGGAUUUGCUCCGAUGCAGAGUUUUGACAUCAGGGAUUUUUGAAACAAAAUUUCAAGUUGACAAAGUAAAUUUUCAUAUGUUUGACGUGGGAGGACAGAGAGACGAGAGAAGGAAGUGGAUCCAGUGCUUCAAUGACGUAACGGCCAUUAUCUUUGUGGUGGCUAGUAGCAGCUACAAUAUGGUGAUACGGGAAGACAACAACACCAAUCGACUCCGAGAAGCACUCGAUCUCUUCAAAAGCAUCUGGAACAACAGGUGGUUGCGAACAAUAUCUGUCAUCCUCUUCCUGAACAAGCAGGACCUUCUGGCGGAGAAAGUGUUGGCAGGAAAAUCCAAAAUUGAAGACUACUUUCCAGAGUACACGCGCUACACCACUCCGGAUGAUGCAACCCCUGAACCUGGAGAAGAUGCCAGAGUUACAAGAGCUAAAUAUUUUGUACGAGACGAGUUUCUUAGGAUCAGCACAGCGAGUGGAGACGGGCGCCACUACUGUUACCCACACUUCACCUGUGCAGUGGACACAGAAAACAUCCGCAGAGUAUUCAAUGACUGUCGAGAUAUUAUUCAGAGAAUGCACCUGCGCCAGUAUGAACUGUUGUGAUGGAGAAUCAAUGUGACUUCUUGAUUUUUUUGGACUCUGGUGGUUUCCUUACCCUUGACCUGCCCACGCAUGGUGGAAGAAAUGCGAGAGAUGUAUGUCAACUUUGCUCUCUCAACACUGUUUGUUCUUCAUUCCUGACUUCACUUUCUUUUGUGCACUUCACUCUGUGUUAGUUUGUUUCUCCUCCCUGGUUCUACCAAGACCUCUGGUUACCUCCUGUGUCCUAACAGAAGUCUGGGUAAAUACCUCUGCCUGCCUCCCUACAGCUUAUGGCUCUGCUGCUCCCUGCCCGCCCCUGUCCUCGGGCAGCCGAUGACAGCCCCGUCUUCAGAUCCCACUCUCUCUCUUUCUCUCUGUGGGCUUCUUUACAACACAAUGCUCAAGCGUACUUGAUGGGGAAUAUAUAUUAGGGACGACAAUGCACUUUUUUGCAUCAGGGUAAUUUAAAAAAAAACUUGUUGAGGAAGUUCACACAAUGUAGCAGCACCAGAACAUGUAAUAGUUUCAUGGUUUUCAGCAUUAAGAAUUGCAGUUCGGCUGAAAAAAGGACCUCGUCUUCAGUCAUUUGAGGUAAAGGAAUAGUAAAGAGGCAGGAUGCCUGAGUCCUACAUGUAGGAGAUACUUUCUGAGGUCUUGGAGCUAUUGAGUCUCACCACACGUUAGAUCUUGAACAGGGACUGCUUUGACCUAGCCACGUGAGCUGAAACCGCCACACACUAACGUUUGUUUAAGCUGUCCACUGUGUGAUCAUUUAAGGUUAACUCACGACUGGACAAAUAGUCCCAAUGUUUGUUUCUCUUUUCUGUUUGUUUCACUGCUGGAUUAUUAUCUUGUACAGACUGUAAAAUGUAUUAUUUUGUAUAACUUUAUUGAAAAGAAUACUUGUAGAUGAUCUUUGUGCCUUGAUUAUGGCUGUACCUGUAAAAUGAGCUAAGAUGUAAGUAUGUUUGACUGCGCUGUACAGCUUUAUGUCAAAACCCUUUCUACAGCAGUGGCUGCAGACAGGAUGUUUAUCUGUAGAGAUUAGUUUUUUUUCUGGUUUAUAAAGGAGGAAAAUGCUCUUUAGUAAAAAAAAUGUAUAAAUUAUGCAAAUUAACCACUUACCUUUACAAGAAGGGGUCAGAGGUGAUGAGAUGUUGCAAGAUCAUGCCUUGUUUUGGAUUCUCAGCUUUAACACAUUGGAAUCCAGUCGGGCAUCCAAAAUGCAACGUGGAAUUAUUUCUAUGGGAACCAAGGUUUUUUUUGCUAGAAGUAUACAUGUUUGGUAAUUCUUUGGUCAUUCAUAGACCUUCACAAAUGCACAGGCAUUGUGAAUGUGUGAGCACCAUUAGAUAGGCUCUUAAAUUCUUGUACCAUCAGCAGCUAUUAUUGUGCAAGUAAGUAGUGAGAAACAGAAAAAAAAACUAAGGUGUAAACCUUUGUGUCUGGCCUAAGAGAAUUACAUUUUUAUUUCUCUUUUAAUAAAGAGAUAUGUUAGAAAAGUUUA